AUGCCUCCCAAAAAAAAAACUAAGCGUGCGCACUCGCCCACACCCCAAGAUGAUACCAUGGCGGAGUCGAGCGCAAGCACCCCGUCAAGCGACAGCGCCGGCAAGUCGGACACAGAAUACGAUCUCAUCACAGAUCCCUGGACAGAUGAGCAAGAAACUGCGCUAUUAAAAGCGAUCAUAAAAUGGAAACCGGUCGGCCUACACAAACACUUCCGGAUGCUCGCAAUCUCGGAUUACUUGAAGAGCCAAGGAUACGCACCAUCCACCGCGGAACAUAUGCGAAUUCCAGGCAUCUGGAAAAAACUAGGCUCAUUAUACAAUCUGGAAGCCCUUGACGAGCGGGAAGAUUCAGUUAUUACCGAUAUCAAUGAAGACGAUGAAGGAUCGAGCGAAAUGUAUUGCACGUUCGAGCUCCCUUAUGACGAGUACGGCGAGAUGAUGUUUGAAAGGCGGCUUGCGAUGGAAGAAUCAUUGUCGCCCGUCACUAGUCGUGCUAGUCGUGCGGGUGGAUCGCGGCGAGGAAGUACAGUCGCGGAUACAGAUGCUAACCUCUUGCCCACCACAACAGAACCACGGUCUUCUCCUGCCCCAUCUCGAGGUCGUAAAUCCCGUCCCUCCACCCGCGGAACACGCUCAACUCGGCUUCAGGUAGAAAUCGGCCCAGGGAGUCAAGGGAAGGUAUCAGACGAAGGGGGAGAUUCGGCAGAAGACACUGGAGCAAAUGAUGAGGACGACGAGGAGGGCGAAGAAGGCGAGGAGGGCGAUAGCGACGAAGAUGAGGGCGAGGGCGAAAAAGGUGGUUCGCGGAGCACUCGAGCGCAGACAACUCGAUCCAAAGCCAAAGAUCACAGGCCCUCGACUAGCGCUGCGAUACGCAGGACUGCCCGACGGCGUUAA